AUGACUGACAGCCUCAGCUCCGGCCUGCAUUUCCGGCAGGGUGCUCCAGCAUGGAGAAAGAUCCCCAGGGCACAGAAGUGUAGGGAGAUGGCACUGCAGCAGAUGGCAGCCCUGGAACCAGGCCUGGACCCCAAGCUCAUCCUGGUGCUACCCUUGGAGCUGGCCCAGAAAUUGCAGGCAGAAGAGCUGAGUUGGGAGAGUGUCCUCUGUAGCUAUUUAGAGGAGGCACUGAAGGUGCGCCAGGAGGUGAACUGCCUGACAAAUUUCCUGGGGGAAUGUGAGAAGAAACUGUAGGCAUUGGAGAAGCUCAAGAAGAGUGAGAGAGGGCUUCUCUAUGGGGUCCCCAUCAGCCUCAGGACCCCUGUGACUGCAGUUAAUGUCACUUCUAUGCAGGGCCAUGACUCUACAUGUGGUUUGGCACAGUUCCUGGAGAAGCCAGCGGCUGAGGACGGGGUCAUUGUGAAAGUGCUGAAGGCCCAGGGAGCUAUUCCCUUCGUGAAAACCAACAUCUCCCAGACACUGCUCAGAACUUUGAACUCUGAAUGCAGCAACCCCAUCUAUGGACAGACUUUGAACCCUCUGAACUUUAAGAAGAGCCCUGGAGGGUCCUUGGGGGAUGAAGGAGCUCUGCUGGCAGCAAAGUGUUUCAUCCUGGGCAUGGGUACUGACACAGGUGGCAGCAUCCGCAUGCCAGCCAGCCUUUGUGGUGUCUGUGGCCUCCAAACCACAGGAAGCCACCUGAGCUACUCUGGAGUUGCCACUGUUGUAAAGGGCAAGAAAUCAGUGAGCACUGUGGCUGGCCCCAUGGCCUGGGAUGUGGACAGCCUGGUGCUGAGCAUGCGAGCCCUGCUGAGCAAGGAUGUGCACCCACUGGACCCCACUGUGACUUUCAUGCCCUUCAAGGGAGGAGGUGAGCCAGGUGAAAGAGUAUACUCCAGUAAUUGGACACUUUGGAUUGGCUACUAUGAAUCAGAUGGCUACACUGAACCAGCUCCUAGCAUGGCCAGGGCCGUGAGGCUCACCUCCAGGCUGCUCCAGAUAGAUGAGGAGGACAUUGUGGACCCCUGCAUAAAGAAGGUGGUCAGCAUACUCCGCCUGCCAAACCCAGUGAAGCGCAUCUUGUCCUGGAAACGGAAGUACAUAGAGCCCAGACUCUGAUCUUCCCAGACUGUGGAAGAGCUUCGUGGAGUGGGGACACCCAAGAAACUGUGGGAGCAGCACAUGUGUGUGCAGGAAUAUCAGCAAGAGUUCAUAGCCAAGUGGAAGUUACUGGACCUGGAUGUGCUGCUGGCACCGUCUCUGGACCCUGCCUUCUGUAUAGGCUGUGCUUCCAAAGCAGCAGAGAGAGUCUCUUACACCACCCUGUACAACCUGCUGAACUUCCCUGUCAGUGUGGUGCUUGUCACCACCGUGACACUACAGGACCGGGAGGAACUGGCCUUCUACAAGGGACACUACAGAGAUAGUAAUGACAGAAAUUUCCCGAAGGUGGUAAAAGGAUCCAUGGGACUUCCAGAGGCUGUGCAGUGCAUCACUUUGCCAUGGGAAGAAGAGCUGUGUCUUCAGUUCAUGAAGGAAGUCAAGACCGUGGCCAAGAACCAUAGGGAACCCAAACGACGGGCUAUUUCUCCUCCUGAAGAUCUUCCUACAUCUUCAUCCACGUCUGCUCCUGACCCCUCUGUCAAAUGCCACUUCCUCCAGGAAAUCUUCUUUGAUCCCUUCAACUUCCCCAUGACCUUUCCUUCAUUUGAACUUGAGAUCCUCCUGCGUUGA